AAUAAAUGAACUACAUUAAAUAAACUAUGUAUUAGAAAAUUGUACUCGUGGUAUAUAUAUGUACAUUUUUGAAAACAUUUGAUAAUGACAUCAACCAGUGAUUCUAUAACUAAUCAAGAUAUUAAUAAUCAUCCUAUAAAUAUACAAAAUAAACAAUCAGAUAUUGAUCAAAGAAUAAAUCGUGAUCCUAAAUAUGAAACAAUUAAUCAAUUAGCUAAAGAUACAUUAAAUAUUGAUUUGCCAGAAUCACAAAAUUCAACAAAUCGUGCACUUUUUGUUUUUUCAAAAAAUAAUCUAAUACGUAAAGCAGCACGAAGCAUAAUUGAAUGGGGAUAUCCUUUUUCACUGAUUAUUAAUAAUAAGGAAGUUAGCAUUAGUAAUAAUUGUGUUUUUUUUCUUUGAUCAAAGUUAAAUUUUUAUUGUCGGUAUAUCAUCAUAGAUUGUUAAGAAUUUUGGAAUUAAUUUAUUGUUUUAUAAAUAGCAACUAUUUUAUCAUGGUAGAAAUAAAUCAAUUUUCAGUAGUUUAUAUCACGGAUUGAAUUUUACUAACAAAUCAUUAAAAGCAAAGUAAUACUCGACAGUUAUUUUGUUCUAUUAUAGAAUGCCUUAACAAUGCACAUCCACAACUGCACG